AUGAAAAAAGGAGCGGCUGAAAAAUUGGAAAUACGAUUAGACCACAGCAAUAAAUGUGCAACUACCUACCCCACCUCCCAAAUCAUCGGUGAACGAAACUGUGGCAGCUACAGCCAUUGUACAACUAGUAUGCGGUUCUUACAGCUGAUCAUGAUGAUGACGAGGAUGAUGAAAAACCAGUUUCUAUGA